AUGUACGCCGCUCAGAAUAUUACGCCAACAGUUUUGGAUGCCAUGAACGGAAAUGUUUCCGAAUGGUAUAACGAAUGCGACAAUGCCAUUAGAAGGUCAGAAAUAGUUCCUGGAACUUACGAAUAUACAACUGCUGUUUCUUAUGGAAACGUAGGUGAGUUUGGAGAAGGUUCUUCAACAACAGUAGAUAUUGCUUGCGACAGGUUUCAUAUUAUUUCUAUUGACAACUCAUUCUUAUACGUGGAACAAGACAUUGAAAUAAAACCUUCUGCCAAGUUGUCUGACAAGAAAGGUUGCAAUGGAAUUUUCUAUGUCGGAUACCAAUAUGCUCCAGAAGUUUUUAUGGGAUAUAAGAUAUAUUCUAACUCUGACUUAGUUCAAACAGUAACAUGGGCAAACUAUGAAUGGUUCGCUUUGAGAAACUCAGUACAACCACAAGCUAGAGAACAAACAGACCAGUAUGCAACUAUUGAGAAAAUAAGAAGACUUGACCCUAACGUUCCAGGAGUUUAUGUUAACCUUUCUGGUUCAGAUGGAACUGCUGCCACUAAAGUAAAACUGAAACUUAGAGUUCCUUUGUCAUCUUUCCUCAUCUUCAGGUUUUUAAGAUACUUGCCAAACUGGGCAUGA